GGGGGAUGUUAACAGCUGGGGAGCGGGCCGGGCUGCGCUAGACCGGGGCUGUCCGGGAGAGCGCGCGACGCCCCCUCGCCUGCCCGGAGCCCAGCGCGCUAUGGCCGGGGCCGUGGGGCAAGCGGCGCUGCCGCCCAUCGCCUCCUUCGCCAGCCUGCUGCCCGUGGAGGAGAAGCGGGCACCGCUGCUCCACCCCCGCUUCGCCGGCAUGGAGGGCGGCCCCGCCGGGAUCAAGAGGGAGGAGGACGACCUGGGCAAGUUCGUGGACUUGGAUUUCAUCCUGGCCCACACCAGCAGCCCGCAGCAGGCGGGCCCCGCCUACCCCCUGCCCGACACCCCGGAGAGCUGCUGCACCGACGGCGACGGCUCCUACCCGCCCGGCAGCAAGUUCGGGGCCCCCUACCCCGACAGCCGCAGCUACAUGGCCGAGCUGCUCACCGCCGACCUGCCGGGCCCCUGCGAGCUGCAGCGGCGGGAGUACACGGAGCUGCGAGUCCCCGGCGGGCUGGGCCACCCGGCCAUGGCCCGGCCGCUGCCCGCCGACCACCGGGCGCCGCAGCUGGGGGCCCGGAUCAAGAAGGAGCAGCCCGAGGAGCAGGCCUGUAUGCUGGGCAUGGCGGGCGAGUGCCUGGGGCCAGGCGCCAUGGACCACAAGCCCCUCAUGAUGCCCCCGCACGAGCAGCUCUACCCCCCCCACCCCGGCUUCCCCCACCCCAGGAUGGGGCCCCCCGAGGAGAUGGGGCCGGCGGGGGAGUGCCCCCUGCUGGGCGACCUGCACCCGCACCUGGGCCCCCAGCACUACCCGCUGCCCCCGCAGCACUACCCGGCCCACUUCGCCGCCCACGGGCCGGCCCAGUUCCAUGGACACUUCAGCGUGUUCCGGGAGCCGCUGAAGGCGCACCCCGGCCUGCACCGGAUGCUGGUGACGCCCCCCAACUCGCCCGUGCUGGAUUACUUCCCCGCCGGGGCGCCCCCCGAGGACUGCAAGCCCAAGAGGGGCCGGCGGUCCUGGGCCAGGAAGCGCACGGCCACCCACAACUGUGAAUACCCGGGCUGCGGCAAGACCUACACCAAGAGCUCGCACCUGAAGGCGCAUAUGCGGACACACACCGGGGAGAAGCCCUACCACUGCAACUGGGAUGGCUGCGGCUGGAAGUUCGCCCGCUCAGACGAGCUGACCCGUCACUACCGCAAACACACUGGCCACCGGCCCUUCCAGUGCCACCUGUGUGAGCGGGCCUUCUCCAGGUCGGACCACCUGGCGCUGCACAUGAAGAGACACAUGUAAUGGACAGAGCCGCCUCUGGGGGCCCGCCGCAAGGCGGGGAGAGACUGAACGCUAUUUAUGAAGCCACAAAAUAUUUUCUUAUCGAUGCCACUAAUUUAUGUCGCUAGUGAGGUCUGGAAAAGAGCAAACACUCAGUAUUUAAAGGUAAAACCAGCUGGAUCUUCCACAGCCAGGUCUAUAGAAAUAGCUACCCAGGAAGUGCAGAGCCCAGGGUGUAGAAUACUGUACAGAAUGAGCGGAGGUGUUUUUAAAGGGAUUUUUAAGCUUAUACAUUUGUUCCAGUUCGAUAUUUUUUUUUAAUAAUGUUGUAAUGUAAAGACUGGGCAGCAUUGGCGUGGAUCUGGGUUAAAGUGGGACGGAUGCAUUUUGUAAAAAGAAAAUCCAGCUCAAAUAAACAAGCCAUCUUCUGUAGGCUUCUAGCACCUUUUUAAGCCUUCUUCGAAGGACGAGAGGAAUUGCCAGCGUAGGUGGGACUCCUGGGCCAUCGGCUCUGGUGUCACGCCGUGCUCCGCUCCCCACCCAGUCAGUCGGGGACUGGCUUACGCCCUGAAGCAGGAUCACUUCCCAGUGGUGUGUUGGCAGUAACUCUGCUGCCCACUCCUAUGAUGUUUCGGCAUGUUCAAGGCCCAGCAGCUGCAAUCCCAGAUUGCUCACUGCCACUUCUUUGUAAAGUGAAUUUCUAACCCAAAAUGUGACUGGCGUGUGGAAAGAAAAUGACCCACCCUGUAAAAUCUCAUGCCUCGUGAAGCAAUCUCGUGAUUGUUUGGGAGCCUGACUUCAGGACUCUGAAUACUGCUCAGCAGCACAAGGCCAGGGAUCUACCUUUAUACCCUUCCAGGGAGCGUUCCAAAUCCUACUGGAAUUGCCAUAGCCCCAAGACAGCCCGUGCCCCACGGGGGGGACACAGACGGCAGCCUGCUCCCGUGCCUGUACAAAUCAGCUGCAUCUCUUGAAAACCUUCAUGUUUGCAAUGUCGGUUCUGGAUUUGUCUUGUCAUUUUUAACUGUGUAUUUUUGUUUGUUCCCCUUCUGCUGAAGGGUGAGCAGGAAACCAGGUACUGCUGUAGCCCCCUUUCUAAGCUGCUUCCUAAAACUCUUAUUGUGUAAAGAGAACAAGGAGUUUUGUCCACCUGUGAAUUCCCAGGUCUCUGCUGUACUUGAAACCUUCUUUCUAAAAGAGCAGGCCAAGGAGGCUUGAUGUGCAGCUUCUGCAAAGUGCGCUGUGAGUUGGAAAAGAGCAGGGAUAUAGACUAGUUGGGUUUUAUAGAACUUGUCUUCCUGCUGGGACUGCCAGCUCUGAGAGGAGCCUGUUCCUCUCUGUGUAUAUUGUCAAUUAACAUUUCUCUGCUUGGGCACGCUAGCUCUCCCCCACUUUGAAAUGUUACUUUUCUUUAUAUGCAAACCAUUGCGCUAUUGUGAUCGGAUGUAAAAUAAAUGAAUACACCUCAGCA